GCACCAUGUACCAAAGGACUUAAAAUUUGUCAAUGAAAAAGAAGACAUUUCAGUACAUUCACGUAGUCUCUUUCACAAUGUUGAAUAACCAACUUCCAAUUAUACUACUUCGCACAAGUUGGAAUCAAACUUGAUCUAAUAACUUCUGGUCACAGUUGGUUCUGGCGCGGAUGAACAAGAAAGGUCGUUGAAUGUUAAAAUGGUUUUACUGAUCUAUCCAUUUAUUACAAUCGAAAAAUGAUGUAAUAAUGUUAAGUAAAAUGUAACUUAAAUAACGACCUAUGAUUCCGUGGUAUAGAGAAAUAAUGAGAAUAAUGCCUUCGUUCAUGUGGAAUACGUUCUUACAUUUUCUAACCUCACAGUCGGUAUUUAAGUGUCUUGGUUGCUAAUAAAGUGAAUGUGAAACAAAAAUGUACAAAUUAUUUCCACAAAAAUCUAUCAGGAUAUGUCUUGGAAGAUCAGCCUCGACCUCUUUUUCUAACACAGAUAUUUAUGAUAUAUUGUCUACGCAUUUAGGUUAUGAUCAUGAUACUAUCAGGCGUAUUAUUCAAUCGCAGAUAGAUAUUACAAGAAUAUCUGAACAACGUAUUGUCUCGAACUGCAAAAUCUUGCAGGAAUUCGGUGUGCACACACAUGAAACGGCACAAUUGUCAGCGUGUUUGAAGCUAAGUUCCGUGAUUGUAAAGAAUAGAAUUUUAUUACUGGAAGAAGUGGGUGUUAAAAAUAUUACGUUGCAAUACAUCAAUAGAUUUCCAGUGUCAAUACACAAAUCAAUAAAAACUUUUAAAAGAUAUAGUAACAUGCCACCAGACACAGAUAUCGUGCAGAACAUUUGUGACAGUAUAGGAGUCAGACCAAAUGUAUGUAACAUAACAAAAUUAGAAUCACAUAUACAAUUAUCCAAUUUGUACUUCACUAUGAUGGUAUACUAUAAAUCGUUUUACCUCAAUUUAUAUCAUAAAAGCCUCACAAAUAAUCAUCACAUGAAAUUUAUAAGCUUUAGACAGUUUGCAAAGCUAAUAAGUAUUCUACAAAACCGAUUGCAGUUUAGUAAAGAGUUUUUGAGGAAACAUCCUUAUUUAUUGAACCUGUGUCCAGACAUGGUAGAGAAAUUUUUCCACAAUUUCGAAAAUUUAAGUAUUAAUAACAUGAAUAUAUACCAAAUAGUGAGAAAGUAUCCUCGAAUCUUAUUCAGCGAUGGAGACAAUAUAAAAGAAAUACUAAAAGUUUGCGAAGACAAGAAUAUUGAAACUAAAUCGAUGACAAAUAGUUUAUAUAUUCUAACAAUGAAGAAGAAGGUGUUUCUCGAAAGAUAUAACACUCUGGAGAAAACACCAGAAUUAAAAGUAUGGUUGCAACAUCCAAAGGCAUUUUACAUGAUCAUCAUGUAUAGAAUGGUCAUGACUCGAGUGGAAUACCUAUGUUCCUUGAAUCGUUUACAGAGUACAAACAUUCAAAAGAUUAUAGCUUCCAACAAGAUUUUCAAAAGAUUUGUGGAAGGUCGUAUCUACCAUACAUCUACCAGACAGGAUUUACUGUAUUUACUACACAAGGAAUUAGGAAAGUCAAACAUCGAUCUAGUUAACUAUAUAAUGAGGCAUCCUCAUUGGAAAUGUGUUACAGCUUUCUCUAUAUAUACAAUGCUGACAUAUUUGAAGCAAAUAUAUACAGUGGAAGACAUAUGCCAAAAUAUUCAUAUUGUACUUUAUCCAAAAGAUGUAGUUAGCAAAAUGCUGGAAAUGAUAUAUGCUAAAUACAAUGCGAAAAUGGGAUAUAACUUUAGUCCAAGUCAAUAUCUGGCAUUGUGUUUGUAUAUGUUAGAGAAGCAACACCAUUUUACUGGUGAUGCCAUUUGGUACGUAAUGUACGAUGAUCCAGACGCGGGUGAUGCCUUACAAACUUCUGCAAAUGUAGACAACAUCAAUUGUGAAGGAUUUGUUCCAGAUGUAAAUAUUAGUGCUAUAAGAGAAACAGCGUGGAUUGAACAGUAGCAUAAUUAUAUUUGAUAUGUAUAUAAACAAAAAAUAUAUACAUUUAAAACGGUAA